AUGGCUUUUCAAUAUGAAUAUGCAGUUGUCAGUCAAAUUCCAAGAUCAUUUGAAGAGUUUCUAAUGUCACCAGACUCAAACGUUACACUGAAAAAGGGUGGAAAGUUCAACUACGAAGAAGCUUGUAAUGAGAGAGAGAAAUUCGUCGAAGCAUUAAGGCAAAAUGGUGUUGAUGUCUUGGAAAUGGAAGCAGAUGAACGCCAUCCUGAAUGUGUAAAAGUUGAUGAUACAGCUGUUAUAAUCAAUGGAACAGCACUGAUGUGUAAUCCAUAUCGUUGUCAUAGACAAGGAGAAGUUAAUUUAAUACGUCACACACUGAAAAAAGAACUUGGGAUUAAAAUUGUUGAGUUAAAUACAGAAAAUGCUCAGGUUGAAGGAAGCGAUGUUCUAUUUACAGACAUAAUUACCACAUACGUGUAG